GUGCAGGGAAUUGGAGCCGCUAAGAGCAGCAAUGCAUGCGUGCCUCCCCCCACUUCGGGGUCUCCCCACAGCUGAUAGACCGAGCCACCAGCCCUCGCGACGAAGGCGAUCCCAAAGCAGAACAGAAGACCCUGGAGGAGAGCUGGCAGGACUUGGCCUUGAUCAAGGCAACGCAAAAACCCCCAAAGAAACAGAGGAGGGAGGACCUCAGUGAGCCCUUGCUGACUUCUUCCUUCCCUUUGCCCCAUCCCCUCUUCACAGAGCCCAGGGACUGUUCUGCCCCUCCAGAGACUCUUCGGGUCGAAUCCAGCCCUCGACGCUGCCUCACGCUACAGGAGAAACUCCUCUUGCACUACAGCAGCCACCUCGCCAUCCCCGAGGAGCAGGUGGCCCUCACGCAGCAGCUGGCCAGGGACAUCUGCGCAGAACUGCAGAACUUCCUGCAGAGCAAGUGCCCGGAGCUGCCCUUUGGCAGCCUCUUCCUCAGCGGUCCCCUGCUUGACGGCCUUGGGGCUCUUGCUGCUGACCGUGUCGACUUCAUGCUGCCAGUGAUCCUUGACCCUGGGCUCUGGAGCCUCAUCCCAGGAGAGGACACUGUUGUGAGAAACCCCCAGUACUGGAUGAUCAAGAGGACUGAUCUGGAGUACUUUCCUCGUGGGCGCAGCCCCUGGGACAGGUUCAUUGUGGGCAGGUACCUCUCCUCCAACGUGCUCAAUGAGACGCUCCACAAGAUGCUGGUGGCCUCCAUCAACUGGCCUGCCAUUGGCAGCUUGCUGGGGAGCAUCAUCCGACCGGUUGUAGCCUCCAAAGAGCUGAAGCUGGAAGUUAAACACGACCAGGUGGAGCUGAGUGUGACCCUCUUCCCAGUGGUGGAAAUGGAGGACAAGGUUCUUCUGGCUGUGCCUCCUGAAGGACUGGUGGAAAACCUCUGGCUUGAGAGCUUUUACAGGGCAGAGGUCUCAAAGGUGAAAGAGCUGGAUGCUGGUGACUGUGGAGCUAGGCAGUACUGCCUCCGCAUCCUGAACGGCAUCUGCAAAAGCCAUCCCUCGCUGCGCAAACUGAGCGGCAGCCCCUUGACGCACGUUGUCCUCCACCUCAGUGCCACCAGUUCGGACUGGGCAGAGGGAAGCCUUGCUGCCAGGUUCCAGCAGGUACUUGAAGAGCUGGUAGGCUAUCUGGAGAAAGGGGCCCUCCCUUCCUAUUUCAACCACAAAAUCAACCUCUUCUGCGAGCUGUUGGAAGAGGAAAUCGAUGAGAUGGGCUUCAUGCUCUACGGG